AUGUUGAGAUUGUCUGCUAAUUUAUCCAAAGUAAGACUAACAAGUCAUACUCCACUAAUAUAUACUCACAAUUUCACCACAACAGCAUAUCUUCUAGCUACUCCGAGACAAAAAGAAGGUAAAUCCAAACAAAUCUUGAGGAGAAAAGUGGUUGAGAAGGAAAAAGUCAAGAAGUCUACUGGUUUAACUCAUCACCCUUUUAAAGAUGCAGUGCAGAACUUGAAUUUGGAGAAAUUAGCUCCCCCAAUGGAUUAUGUUGAACCUUUGGCAAAGGACAGUUUGGGUACAUCUACGAUUACUGUGUAUCCAACUGAUAUUGAAGAGAAAUUGCGUACUUUCCAGGCUUUCAAGAAAUUUCAACAUCAUGAAAUGUUUAGAAAUCCGGUAUCAUUAACCACGACAAACACAGCCAAAAUCUACGACAAUUUUGUUAAAAAAUUAUCCAAUGAAUCCAAAUCGAAUCGCAAAUAUAUCGAUGGAAUUAAAGGAAGUGGGAAAUCAACAUUGAUUAACCAAGCGUUAGCUUUAUCUUUACAAGAAUUUCAAAACGAAGUUGUUAUAUUACAUUUACAUUCUGCUGAUAUAAUAGGAAAUGGUUCUUCAGAUUAUUUCAAGAAUAAUAAAUUGGGGUUAUACCAACAACCAAUGGCAACAAAGAGGUGGUUACGCAAGAUCUUGGCUGUGAACAAAGACAUUUUCCAGAAGCUUAAAUUAACCGAAGAUGUUAAAUUUUAUCAAGAUAAACAAGAGUACAAUUUAAAAGCUGGUGAAAAUACCUUGUAUGAUUAUCUUUCUAAAAAUAGAGAAAUUAACAAAGUACAACCAACAAUGGCAUUCCAAUUCUUCAUUAGUCAAUUGAAACAACAUUCCAAGACUGUUCCUAUUAUUUUAUCAGUCGAUGAUUUCAAUGCAAUGGCGGAUUUCUCAAUAACUCAAUAUCGUUCACCAGAUUUCAAACCUAUUCAUAUAAGUGAAUUCGAAUUGGGUGACUUCAUUUUGAAAGCGGCUAGUGGUGAAUUGAACUUUGAUAAAGGUGGGGUAUUGUUGGCCAAAUCAUGUGAUUUUGCCCCUGCUAGAAAAACAACUCAUGUGGCAGUGUAUCCUCAUGAAGAAUAUGAUCCAUAUAUGAAGUAUCCAAAUUUGGAUAUGUCAGUUGCACAAAGAUUGGUAGCUAAUGGAGGAAUUGAACCAGUUCAAGUCGCCCCCUUAACUAAAGACGAAGUUAGGACAUUAUUAUCAUUUUGGAGAGAUCAACAAGUCUUAAUAACAAGACAAGAUUUCCACAAGAAGGAGUUUAAUGAUGAUCAAGCUGAUGUUGUUGAACAAGAAUUUGAUCCCGAAUUACAAUUUGAAAAAUUGGUACAAUCAAGUUUUGUUGUAUCGCAGGGAAAUCCAUAUGGAAUCUUGAAACAAAAUUUAAUCAGCUAUUGA